CGGCCGCAGUGAGCCCGGCGGGGAGCGGAGCGGAGCGGGGAGAGGAGCGGGGAGCGGCGCCGAUGGCGUUCAGCGCCUGGCAGAUCCUCUCGCCGGUGCAGUGGGCCCGGUGGACCUGGUCGGCGGUGCGGGGCGGGGGCAGCCCCGAGGAGGGGGACGGCGGGGCCGGUGCGGCCGAGGAGGAGGAGGAGGAGGAGGAGGACCAGGACCCUCCGGCGGGGGGCUCGGCCCUCAGCUUCAGCUCGGACUCCACUGAUAAUUUUGAGACCCCUGAAGCAGAAACGCCGACCUGCUCGCCACUAAAGGAGUUCUGCGAGCCGCCGGGAUCAGCAGAGCCCGAGGUCGGGACCCCAGAGCCAGGUGACCAUGGUGACCUGCUGGUAGGGGAAGCCUGCCCGGACGGCUCUCCUGGGAAGCACCCCAAAGAUGAGGCUCAACCGGAGACCGGAGCCCCCAAAGCCAGCUCAGAUGCUGAAGGGGACACUGACCCCGACAACUCACCCCUGACACAGCCUCUGGCCGGGCAGGGCUGCAGGGUCAACUCUGUGCCCACUGCAGAGCCAGCCCUGGUGCCCCAUGUGGGCACAGCCCCCGGGGAGUGGGUCAUGUCAGGAGGGGACGUGGCAGACGCUGGCACGGGGCUGGUGGAGCUGAGGGCUGAUGCCCUGGCCCAGGACCAGCUUGGGAAAGGGAAAACACCUUCGCUGGGGAGGAAAACAGAAGGAGCCACAGAGGAGACCCCGAUGCCCCAAACAUCCUACCAGCUUGAGCCUGAGCAGUGCGACAGGAGCGUGAACCCCGCUGGGGCAGGGAACUGCCAGCUGCAGAGCUCUCCCCUGGCAGCCCCAUGCCAUCUCCCCCAUCCCAGAGAGCUGGGGGGGGACCCAGCCCCAGAGCCCACAGGGCAGGUCCCAAACCCUGAGGCUGGUUUUACGGAGGUGGGAGAGAGCACAGAGGCCAGGAGAGCUUCACCCAGGAGGGGCAGCAGGAUCCCGGCCAGCAAGCUGACACCAAAGAGACACCGAGAGUCCCCCAAGAAACCAGCUGAGGAUGCAGAGAGGGGUCCCAUGGAGCCACCACCACCCCGGGACUCCCCCCAGCUGGGUCCUGGUCACAACUCCCUCAGUGGCAGCUCAGCACUGCAAAACUUACCAACUCUCCCCAAGGGCUCUUACCAGUUUGACCCCGAUAACUUUGACUCUGUGGAUCCAUUCAAGCCCACCAAGACACUCGCCAGCACUGCCCCCGACUCCUGCUCUGCUGCAGAUAACAGCCUCAACGAGAUCCUCGAGUCUCAGACACUGGAGGCGCAGGACGAUCCCCUGAAAGGCAGAGACUCCCCCAAGAAGCCCAAGUCACGCCUGAUAACGACUACUGAGCAAGUGAAAUUUCUCUGUUUUCUGUUGAGCGGCUGCAAGGUGAAGCAGUACGAGGCAAAGCCCCUGGUCCUGGAUGCCAGCACUCAGGAGGAAGGAGUGCUGAUCUCAGAAAUCCCAGAUAUUGCAAACAGGGAUGGACGUGCCACUGAUGAGGAGAAGCUGGCCUCCACCACCUCCGUGCAGAAACUGGCCGGGCUGGACAAGAAGGCUGAGCCAGAAGAUGACCUGGAGUACUUUGAGUGCUCGAAUGUCCCUGUGCCCGCGGCAAAGCAGAGACCGGAGGCAGGCUUUGAAAAGGAGAUCUGCAAGCAGAUGGAAAAGGACGGGCCUGGCAUCUUCCCUGACAAUCCCGGGCUGUGCCCCACGGAAAAGUGCCCCAGUGUGAGCAGGAGCGAGGGUCCCCUGGACGGCAUCUGCCUCAGCGAGUCCGAGAAGACGGCCGUGCUCACGCUCAUCAGGGAGGAGAUAAUCACCAAGGAGAUCGAGGCCAACGAGUGGAAGAAGAAAUACGAGGAGAGCCGGCAGGAAGUGCUGGAGAUGAGGAAAAUCGUGGCUGAGUAUGAGAAGACCAUUGCCCAGAUGAUAGAGGAUGAGCAGAGGACCAACAUGACAUCUCAGAAGAAUCUGCAGCAGCUCACGAUGGAAAAGGACCAGGCUCUGGCAGACCUGAACUCGGUGGAGAGGUCCCUGUCGGAUCUGUUCAGGAGAUAUGAAAAUCUGAAGGGUGUCCUGGAAGGCUUUAAGAAGAAUGAAGAAGCUCUGAAGAAAUGUGCUCAAGAUUAUCUCACCCGGGUCAAGCAGGAAGAGCAGCGGUAUCAGGCCCUGAAAGUCCAUGCAGAAGAAAAAUUGGACAAAGCCAACGAGGAGAUUGCCCAGGUGCGCACGAAGGCCAAGGCGGAGAGCGCGGCGCUGCACGCGGGGCUGCGCAAGGAGCAGAUGAAGGUGGAGUCCCUGGAGAGAGCCCUCCAGCAGAAGAACCAGGAGAUCGAGGAGCUGACCAAGAUCUGUGACGAGCUGAUCGCAAAGCUGGGGAAGUCAGACUGAGCCCCCCGCCCUCGCCCAGCACUCUGCACUUGGCUGCUUUUCUCGUGACGUCGAGCACCUUGCCUUACCCCCAGGGCCCCCCCCAGCGAAGAACACACCUCCAGCUGCCCCCCUUGGCUGCUGGACCUGUGGCUCCCCAGCAGAGCUGCUCCCCUUGCUGUCCCUGUCUGCUUCCCACAGCUCCGGGACUAGGAUCCCUGUGGUCAGGCUGGGAAUUCUACGGUCACCCAGGGUCUGUGUGUCCCUUCCAGGGCCUGUGUGUCCCU